CAGGGUCGCCCAGGCCAACUUGGAGCUCAGGGUCCAAUGGGGCCCCCAGGAUUCUCAGGGCCAUCCGGAGUUGCUGGACCAAAGGGUGAAAGAGGAACUCAAGGAUUACCAGGGCCAUCUGGGCCAAAAGGCGACCAGGGCCCUAUGGGAGUGCCAGGGUUCCAAGGUGCCAAUGGAGUACCUGGUCAUAGUGGACAGCCAGGUCACCGGGGUUUUCCAGGACUGGAUGGUUGUAAUGGCACCACUGGAGAUGGAGGUUUUCCUGGGUCUAAUGGUUUUCCUGGUUCAGCUGGAUCAUCAGGUAUUCCAGGUCCCAAAGGCCAGAAAGGCGAACCGUCCUAUAUACAAGGUGUGGAAUUAAAGGACCUAAGGGAGAUGAUGGAGGAAACGGCGCUGAUGGGCUUCCUGGACCACGUGGACCACCUGGACCCGCUGGACUGACAGGCCCAGCUGGACUACCAGGAUUACAAGGUCCUCCCGGUCCACCUGGCUUUAUAGGGCCAAAGGGCAAUAUGGGAGUUGGUUAUCAAGGAGAGGUGGGAGAGAAGGGAGACACCGGUCGUCAGGGUGACCCCGGACCUCCAGCAUCCAGUGGAAUGGAAUUCUCAACCUUCCUAAAAGGAAUCCCAGGAGAACAGGGAGAAAGAGGCGACCUCGGAUAUCCUGGAAUAUCUGGACUGCCUGGGCCAGUUGGAUACAAUGGACAAGGAGAGAAAGGGGAGAAAGGCAUUCCUGGUCUUCCGGGUGCAAGGGGCUUUCCUGGAUCAGAUGGAUUUAGUGGAUCCCCUGGUGAUAAGGGGAAGACUGGCCCUCCUGGACUUACUGGGCUUGAUGGAUCCAAAGGAGUGAAGGGUGAACAAGGUGACAUAGGCUUUCCUGGGGCCCCUGUGUAUGUAAAUAAUGGUGGAUCAGCACUUCCAGGUUUACCAGGUGAUCCAGGUCUUCCUGGGUUUCAAGGUAUGCCAGGAGAUGAAGGCUUCACUGGUCCUCCCGGUUUUCCUGGCCCCCCUGGGUUGCCAGCGUUUGGAAGAGGUCGACCAGGUAGUCCAGGCUUUCCAGGUGUUCGGGGUUUCAAAGGGGAGAGAGGAGAUCCAGGUAGACCAGCUUAUGGUUCCAAAGGAGUCCAGGGGAAUAUGGGUCCACAGGGACCACCAGGACAACCAGGAUUCCCAGGACCACCAGGACCAGGUCGUCCUGAAGAACAAAAGAGAGGUGGUGAGCCUGGAAGACCAGGAGAGAAGGGCACACAAGGUCCUCCAGGAAGAUUUGGACCCAAAGGAUUUAAAGGUGAUGCUGGUGACUGUGCUUGUGGUGGUAUAGAUAAUGAUCGUGGUAGGGUCGGACCACCUGGACCUCCAGGCCCACCAGGAAGCAAUGGUUUUUCAGGAUUUACUGGACCUAGUGGAGACUCAGGAAGGAGAGGGUCAAUUGGUUCUCCUGGACUCCCUGGCUCUCCUGGAGCUGCUGGUGCUCCAGGAUUUAAAGGAGAAAAAGGUGAACCAGUCUACCCAUCAGGUCGUGGAGUUCGUGGAGAUCCUGGAGCUGUGGGACUUAGAGGAGUCCCUGGAUUUCCAGGAAAGGCGGGAAGAGAUGGGCUCCCAGGUAUACCAGGUCGUAAAGGAUUCCCUGGUGAAGGUGGAGCUGGUAAUCCUGGUGAGAAGGGAUUCCCAGGCCCCUUAGGCCAAAAAGGUAGUCGUGGAGAAAGUGGGCUUCCUGGUGUGGGCUUUCCAGGUUUACCUGGCUCCCGUGGUCUUCCUGGUGAUCCUGGGCUACCAGGACAGGAUGGGCGACCAGGUGAUCCAGGACCACCUGGUGACUGCUGCUGCGGGGACAAUGUUGGUAAUGGAGACUUAGUCACAAAGGGAGGGCUUACUUUACCAUGCAUAAUUGCUGGAGAACCAGGCGACCCAGGAAUGCCCGGUGACCCAGGACCUUCAGGACCUAGAGGUGAAAAAGGAUUCCCUGGCAUCCCAGGUCUCCGUGGCUUUGAUGGUGCUAAAGGACAACCAGGCAUUCCAGGUUUUGGUGGAUUUCCAGGACCACAAGGCUUUACAGGUCCUCGUGGAGAUGAAGGCCCUGCUGGAUUUCCUGGCUUGGAUGGCCUUGAUGGGUUUCCAGGCAAGGUAGGAUCUUCUGGUUUGCCAGGUUUCAAAGGAGCACGUGGUGAAGUAUUGGGAGCUGAACCUGGUCCUGCUGGUGAACCAGGAAGGCCUGGAUUCAUAGGAGAUAAAGGAGCUCGUGGAGACCCUGGAUUUGUUGGGCAAAACGGCUUAGAUGGACGACCUGGACUAAUGGGUGCUAAAGGUGAAAAGGGUAAUUCAGGAUUUCCAGGUGGACCAGGUCCCAGAGGUCUGCCAGGAUAUGGAGGAGCUGCUGGCUUUAAGGGGAAACAAGGACCUAUGGGAGAUAUUGGAUUCCCAGGGUCACCAGGCUUUCCUGGAGCAAAGGGCAUUCCUGGAAACAGAGGUCUCCCAAGUCCAGCUGGGAUAAAAGGUAGUCCAGGUCCUAAUGGUGAUGCAGGUCGACCUGGGGAUUUAGGACCAUCUGGACCACCAGGACCAAGUGGCCGAGAUGGACUGCCAGGCUCUCCAGCAAUUAAAGGAGAUAAAGGAUCCCCCGGUUUGAUUGGCUUUCCUGGUAUGCCUGGACUUCCAGGCCUCCCUGGUACCAGUGGAUUUAAAGGAUUCGAUGGAUCACCUGGAAGAAAUGGACUUCCUGGACUUGAAGGGCGAAAGGGGGAGCAAGGUGGCAGAGGUGAUCCAGGCCCACAGGGUCCUGAAAAUAUUGUGGAUAUAAGCAGAAUGGAUGGAGAACUUGGUGCACCAGGAAGAAAUGGACAAUCAGGGUUCCCCGGCCCCCGAGGCGAUAAAGGUUUUCCUGGUCUACCUGGGUCACCUGGCCUCCCUGGAUUCCCAGGAACACCAGGAAGAGAGAAAGGUCAACGUGGAGAUCCUGGGCUGCCUGGGACAUUUGGAAGGCCGGGUUCUCCUGGACUUCGAGGGUCAUCAGGGAUCAUCGGAUUUCCUGGGAUGCCAGGAAUUAAUGGUGCAGAUGGAUUACCAGGUAGCCCUGGUUUUGCUGGUUCUCCUGGACGACCUGGUGAAAAAGGUGACCGCGGAGAAUCUCAAGGGACGUCAGGUGAUAGAGGACCCAAGGGAGAACGUGGAACUCCAGGAAAUCCAGGUGCAAGAGGCUUUGACGGAUUCCCAGGAGAUGUUGGAUCAUUUGGAAGACCUGGAAGCCCUGGAUUAAAAGGAAUAGCUGGAGACUUUGGCCGUCCAGGGCAACCAGGAUCUCCUGGGCUUCAAGGAUUUCGAGGAAACCCUGGGCUUGUAGGAACCCCUGGAUUCCCUGGAUCUCAAGGAUUCCCUGGACCUUCAGGGGCCCCUGGUGUUAAAGGCUUCCCUGGUUUAUCUGGGCUGGAUGGAUUAAAUGGCUUGCCUGGCACAAGAGGUUUACCUGGCACACCUGGCUUAAAUGAAGCUGGACGGUCGGGUACUCCUGGAUUUCCAGGGACUAAAGGUGAAAAAGGAUCUCCCAACACAGUACCUGGACAAUCUGGAUUUAAUGGUGGAAAAGGCAAUCGUGGAGAUCAAGGAUUGCCUGGUCUCCCUGGACCUCCUGGACUACCUGGCGCACCAGGAGCAUCAAAUGUUGUACCUGGAUUACCUGGAGACCCUGGACCAGCUGGGCUUGAUGGAGAGAUGGGAAUGCCAGGACGCCCUGGACCGCGUGGCCCCCCUGGUCCAGCCUCAAAUCAAGGGGACACAGGAGAUUCAGGAUUUCCAGGAACACCAGGCAGAGGUGGUAUAAAGGGAGAUCCAGGUGUCCCUGGAAAUCCUGGCAGCCCUGGAGCUCCUGGAGUGAAGGGUUUAAGAGGUGAUCCAGGUUUCAUGGGGAGUCCAGGAAAAGAGGGCCCUGUUGGAGAUCCCGGAUAUCCUGGACCCAAGGGAGAAAAAGGGAAUCAAGGUUUUCAAGGUCCAACGGGGCGUCCAGGUUCACCUCCCUUGGAUUAUUUUGAUCCUUCUUUUGGAAUUCCUGGACUUCCUGGAAUCAACGGCUUUGAUGGAGGGCCAGGUGAUAGAGGUUCACAGGGACUAGCAGGACCUCCUGGCAGCAAAGGUUUCCCUGGCCGUCCAGGGCAGAUGGGAAGGAAUGGAUCACCAGGUCAGCCAGGGUUUAUUGGUGAUGCUGGUGAACCAGGUAUUCCAGGAUCCUCAGGGUUUGAAGGUCCCCCAGGAAAACAGGGCAUCAGUGGAUUGCCGGGUAUGCCUGGAAGGAGUAUAAGUGUUGGCUACACCUUGGUGAAACACAGCCAGGCUGAAACAAUUCCUCAGUGUCCAGUUGGAAUGAACAAACUUUGGGAUGGCUACAGUUUGCUGUAUGUAGAAGGGCAGGAAAAAGCUCACAAUCAGGAUCUGGGUCUUGCUGGAUCUUGUCUACCCAGAUUUAGCACGAUGCCUUUUGUGUACUGUAAUAUCUAUGAGGUCUGCUACUAUGCCAACCGAAAUGACAAGUCUUACUGGCUGUCUACCACUGCUCCUAUUCCUAUGAUGCCUGUGGCCAGCACUCAGAUUAAAAACUACAUCAGCCGCUGCUCUGUGUGUGAAGCUCCUUCCCAGGCUGUUGCUGUUCACAGCCAAGACAACACCAUCCCACAAUGUCCUGAUGGCUGGAGGAGCCUCUGGAUUGGAUAUUCUUUCCUUAUGCACACAGCUGCAGGUGCAGAAGGUGGCGGACAGUCCUUAGUGUCCCCUGGCUCAUGUUUGGAAGACUUCCGGGCCACUCCAUUCAUCGAAUGCAGUGGUGCUCGUGGAACCUGCCACUACUUUGCCAACAAGUACAGUUUCUGGCUGACAACUGUGGAAGAAACAAGGCAGUUUGUAGGGGAUCCCCCCUCUGAGACACUGAAAGCUGGGCAACUUCGAACACGCGUCAGCCGCUGUCAGGUGUGCAUGAAGAACUUGUAG